AUGUCUCAAGUUCCUAGCUCUGCUGGACGUCCAACCUCGGAGGGAAUACAAUUCCGUCAAAUUGCCGCACCAAUCCCCUCUCAUGGAGUGUUCCAAGAACGACCCUGUCCAAACCACCCGGAGAAAUGGCUUGUGAUGGUGUGCACCACCUGUCGGGACAGUUUCGUCUGUCUCGCGUGUAUCCAUUCGUCCCACGUUGGACACAUGUUCGUGGAAGUAGAAGAAUACCUUGUUCUCAAGCGACAUCUUUUUUCAAGAUUAAAACAAGUUUCGGACACUAAACUCACAACACUGAAACAGCGACUACAAAAAGUGAGAGACACUAAGAAGGAAAGUAAACAAAACGUUACCGAAUUGACAGAUUAUAUAAAGAGUAGGACAGAAGAGAUGAAACAGAAAAUUGAUGAAAUCUGUAAUGAUUACACGACGCAGUGUCGUAAUAUCGGUCAGAAAAACGACGAUUUGCUCGGACAUGUCGAAGACCGGAUGCAACGACAUUUCGAUGAUUUGUCCGAAGCAGCAGACCGAUGUAAAGAGGUGCUAGAGAAAGAAAAAUAUCAAAAUCUUUUGCACACAGAGAAAAAUCUGAAGCAGCAAAAUAGUCGACCAUAUGACCUUUUCCCAAACUUGCAAAAAGUGGGAAUAGUAAUGUCUGACAAAAUGACAAGGAUGAUGACACAGUUUGGCUAUAUGGACACUCCUAUCUGGAAACCAGACGAGGAGGGACCAGGAAAGGACGAAUGGGGACCAGAUGCGGUAAAAGAUCCCGAGGCGUACCAAGUUCAGGUACUCAGCAGCUUUAAGAUGCGAUCCGAAAGACAGGUGCUCUCGGUCUGUCCUAUCGAUAAUACGUCCGCUUGGUUAAUUUGUACGGGAAGCAGCGAAGCUUCACUCACUACAAAAAAAGGUGACAUCACUGUACACAUGCGUGUCAAGCCAGGCGUGAAGCUAAACGAUGUCGUCUGCUCAGCAGAUCGAAGCAACGUUUAUUGCUGUGCCCAGUCAUCAGUCAGAUGCAUUCUUCCAGACGGGAAGUAUAAAGUUCUGUUUCGAACCGACGAUUACGCCAGCAGUCUUUGUGAGGGGAAAAAUGGCGGCAUCAUUGUCUGUCAUGACGAUAAAGGCAAAAUGGUGGAGUAUAACGGACACGGUGAUGUCAUCAAGGUCAUUACAGAGGAUCUGGAUGGCUGGAAACUAUUUUCCUGGCCAAGAAGAGUACGUGUGAACCGGAAAAACGGAGACAUGGCUGUCAUUGAGGAAACCACACCAAGACAUGUUGCUGUGAUGGACAGCAACAUGGACGAACUGUGCAGAUUUCAGGGAAUUCAGGAUUCUAAAAAUGGCGACCAGCAAGAUUUUCUACCACGUGAUAUCUGUUUUGACCGGAACAAUGACAUCCUUAUCGCGGAUUAUGGUCAUGGUUCAGUGAUCGUAAUAGACAGGGAUGGACGACUUGUACGGACCAUAUGGAGGGAUGAGAUGCCACCCACGAGUCUGGGACUUCAACCAAACGGAGACCUGUGGGUAGGCUUCUUGGAUGGGCAAGUCAAGGUCUUCAGAUACAUUGAACAUUGA